AUGUCCCGUGUUCCUUCCGUUCUUAACCCCACCGAAGAGGAUAUUAAGCUCUUGUUGAGUGCCCAAUGUCACAUUGGUACUAAGAACGUCAACACCCGUAUGACUCCUUAUGUCCACACCCGUCGUGCUGAUGGUAUUCACUUGAUCAACAUCGGUAAGACUUGGGAAAAGCUCAUCUUGGCUGCUCGUGUCAUUGCUGCUAUUGAGAACCCUCAAGACAUUGUUGUUGUCUCUGCCCGUCCUUACGGUCACCGUGCUGCCUUGAAGUUCGCCAGAUACAUUGGUUGUGAAGCCAUUGUUGGUCGUUACACUCCCGGUACUUUCACUAACUACAUCACCCGUUCUUUCCGUGAACCCCGUUUGGUGAUCUGUACCGACCCUCGUUCUGACUUCCAAGCCGUCCUUGAAGCUUCUUACGUCAACAUCCCUGUCAUCUCUCUUGCUGACACUGAUGCUGCCUUGAAGUACAUCGAUCUUGCUAUCCCCACCAACAACAAGGGUAAGCACGCCAUUGGUUUGAUCUACUGGCUCUUGGCUCGUGCUGUCCUCCGUCUCCGUGGUACUCUUGACUACGCUACUCCUUGGGACGUCAUGGUCGACAUGUUCUUCUACCGUGAUCCUGAGGAAAUCGAAAAGGAAAACGCUGAAGCUGACAUUGAAGAAGGUGAAUUCAAUACUGAAGCUGUUGCCAGCGAAUGGGCUGUUGAAGGUGAUGCUGCUGAAGGUGUUGCUGGUAUUGCUGCCGCUGCUGACUGGUCUGCUAACCAAACCACUGACUGGGCUGACGAAUCUGCUGCUCCCGCUCAAUCUUCUUGGGAAGCUUAA